CUAAAAUGGAGGUGUGUUGAUAUUGGUAUAAUUUGAUCUCGUCUUUUGCAUUUUCUUUUUCUUAUAAUAACUAAUUAAGUCACGAUGAGUAAUCACCACAAUAACGGCUCAAGAGCUGGCGAGACGGAACAAAUGGCGCCGUCUCAGUGUCUAAAAGUUUUCAUCCAAAGAGAUUAUAGUGAAGGAACUGUUGUGAAAUUCCAGACUAGAUUUCCACAGGAAUUAGAUGGCAGAUUGGAAAGGCAGGCUUUUGAAGCCACCAUCAAUAGACUGAAUGGCUAUUUCGCAGAGGCUGAAAGCGCCACUUGCUCCACCUACUGUGAGGGCUGUCUAGCAUGUCUCACUGCCUAUUUAAUUUAUAUUUGUAAGGAAACUCAUUAUGAAAAGUGUCUGAAAAAAGUGUCAAAGUUUGUAGCGGAACAAAACCAGACUGUAUACGAACCACGCGGUCUAAAGUUGACCGAUCCCAGUAUGAGAGGACUGAGAGUGAUAGAAAUAAGUUGUUUAGAUAGGCCACCAAACGCAUGACUUACAUUGUCGCACUCCACUCAGGAGUUUUUUAUGUAAGAGAAAAACCUAAAUAAACUUUGUCUACAAUCCUAUAUCUAACUCUAGACUGGUACCACGUUUUAAGUUGGACAAGGUGAUAAUUUCUUUAGCCAAUUUUUAAGCAAUAUCGCACGGAAUUGAUCCGUCUUCCAUUUAGUUUCUUUCGGAUCAAAAUUGCGCAACUUUUUUUGGUCCAACUGGUGUGUGUAACAAUGGGAAGAAUAAAUGUGUAUUCAUGUUUUCCAAAUUUACUUUAGAUCUGUUUUUAUUUUCUAUAUACAUUUUAUUUGCUGUUUGUUAGAUACAAAUAUAAUUACAAAAUGUCUUUUUUGGAUUCAAGCAUCACCAUUCUGCUCUUCUUCUCUUUUUUGUUUGUAAAAAAAUCCAUCCUUGAUGUAACAUAUGAGCAUUUUCUUUUUCUCUAGAAUAUCAAUGACAAUGUGUAAGAAAACACUAAUUAAUUACACUUUAUGGGGGUAUGUCACAAUAUGCAACAUAACUUGUGUUUAUUACGUUUCAAUUUGUGUCCCAAGGGAGGCAAUUGUUGACAUGCUGGAGCGGUAUGGAGGGUUUGAACUGUUAGUUCUAUAUCUUUGGUCUCUUCUGUAUCUACAACAAAACACACAUUUUUUUGUGGGUGGUGCUAUAAUUUUUAUCACAUUGUGUUAACUAAUAUUAUUUUUAUACUUGUAAAAAUGGUUUUUAUUAUUGUGUACGUUAUUAUUUAUUACUUAACAGUUUUUUU